CUGAGUUUUUGUAAUUACUUAACGCUGCAGUUGGGAAUGCUUAUAUUAAAGGAAUUGCAGCUAUAUUACGUACUAUAGUUUCAGUAGUAUUUUUCUUUCAACGAAAGUACGAUGUUCAGCAGUAUAAUGGAAUAUUUAAUUUUUUAAAUUGGCUUAGUGCGAACGUGUAAGGUACGCUUCGUUCCUCUGUUUAACAAUGUACCUGAAAAAGGCAAUUUUCGGCUUCCAAAGCCGACCUUUAUCUUACAAGGCAUUAGGAGGAGUUCAGUUAGGGAAAAACAUACCUACUUUAUCUCGAAAUUUGAGUAAUGUUGCCGCGAAAGCAAAGGUCGAAGUAAACACCCUUCCUAACGGCGUCCGUUAUGUCUGUGAUCCAAGGAAAGGGCAUUUUGCAGGAAUGGGAGCCUACGUAAAAGCUGGAACUAGAUUUGAGACUGGUUCGUUAAUUGGAUUAAGCCAUGUUAUGGAUCGUUUGGCUUUUCAAGGAACGUCAACAAUGUCGAAAACAGAAAUGCAGCAGAAGCUAGAGUCUCUCGGAGGAAAUCAUAUGUGCUCCGCUGGCAGGGAAUCUCUGGUCUAUCAGUCUGCGGUUUUCAAUUAUGAUGUCAAAGUAAUGAGCCAGUUAUUAGCUCAAACUAUGUUACAUCCGGACUUUACGGACGAGGAUUUGCUUCAUUUCAAGGACAGUAUAUCCUUUGAAAUCAGUGACAUAUGGAAAAAACCAGACCUUUUACUGGAGGAAUUCACCCAUGCUACGGCUUUUGGUAAAAGGACAUUGGGUAACUCGCUCGUUUGUGAACCUAAAGGAAUAAAAAACAUCACGAGGGAAAAUGUACGCAAGUACAUUCAAUCAUUUUAUCGUCCAGAGAACCUAACGUUGGCAUACGCUGGCAUUCCCAUUGAGGUUGGAAAAGAAUUAACAAUGGAACAGUACGGUCACUUACCGCGUACAAGUAAACCCUUGGCUUACCCUGCUGCUACUUAUAUCGGAGGACAAAAGGCCAUUAAUAAGCUUGAGGCUCCUGAAAUUCCAUAUCUUAAAGAUUUCAGCCAUAUUGUUAUUGCAAUGGAAGGCCUCUCAGUCACAGAUCCGGAUAUCUAUGCAUUGGCAUGUUUGCAAUUCUUGCUAGGAGGCGGUGGCUCCUUCAGUGCGGGCGGUCCUGGAAAGGGAAUGUAUUCACGUCUUUAUCUCAACGUAUUAAACCAGUAUCCUUGGGUUGAAACAUGUAUGGCGUUCAAUCACAGUUACUCCGAUUCCGGAUUGUUCGGAAUCUUUAUCAGUAUCUUGGACGACGCUUCUCAUCUUGCGGGACCCGUUAUACUAAGAGAAUUGUGCAACCUUGUGUUGAAUUUGGAUGCCGUAGAAGUUGAACGUGCGAAGAAGCAGCUUCGCAGUUCUUUGCUUAUGAACCUUGAAAGCAGAAUGAUUUCUUUGGAGGAUUUGGGACGUCAGAUUCAAACACAAAAUGGAGCCUAUGUUUCACCAAGUGAAAUGUGCGAUCGUAUAUCGAGUCUUACUCGUCAAGACUUACAGCGCGUUGCUGAACGUGUCUUAAUGGGUAAAGUUAAUAAUGCAGGUAAGGGAUCUGGAAAGCCUACCAUUGUCAUUCAUGGUGAUAUAGAAAAAGUCGGUGAUCUACGAUCAUUGUGCAAACGUGCCGGCGUCGGUCGACAAUAAUCUUUGAGUCUAUUUUUUUGGUUCUGACUAAAUACCAUUUUAUUACCUUCCAUUCUCACAUUACGUUAUACAUUUCGUUGAUCCAUAGUUGAUGUUUUAAAAUUUGUACAUGUUCACUUGGUUGAUUUCACUGCCUUUUGUUAGACAAAAGUAACAACA